AUGAACAAACCAAUCCCUGGAAUCGAACAAACUAACCCGGCCGCCACUAAUAUGAGUGAUGGAACGACCGCACCUUGCACUGCCAACUCAGGUAGAGGUAGGGGAAGGGGUCGAGGAAAGAAGACCUCAACCAUAACAACUCGAGCAUCCUCUGCAGCUCGACAAUUAGCAGAAGCUAAUAAAGACAAAACAAGCCAAACUGCAAACAACAUACCCGGUGAAAAUCAAACUACCAACACUUCAGCUCCUAAUGGAACCUCUGGAGUCUCGGCUUCAACUGAAGAACAACCACCUGUUUCUAAAGAUGCCUCUACGACCGUCGAAGAGAUGCAGAUUGAGUUGCAGCCUUCCAUUGUUGCCGCAGAUGCAAAGCCACGUGGAGUGUAG